CCAACCCUCCAUCCUCCCUCGCCCCUCACCCCGGUCCCUCCAAUCCACAAUGGAAGUGGCCUCCAGACAAACCGCCCGGCUGCUCCGGUCCUCCGCGCUCCGCACGCACCCCCGUCUCCCCUCACAGACAAUCCUCCUCCGACGGCGAAACAUCUCCACGACACCCCGACGCUAUGCCCCCGAAUCCUCGCUCCUCAGUCUCGCUUCGAACUCCUCGCCGUCUGGAUCACCACCUACAUACUUUAGCAGCCGGCAGACUCUGCCUCUGAACACGGUCGUGCGGUUCGUGCCGCAGCAGACGGCAUGGAUUGUCGAGCGCAUGGGCAAGUUCCACCGGAUUCUGGAUCCUGGAUUGGCGAUCCUUGUCCCGUUUUUGGAUCGCAUCGCGUAUGUGAAAAGCCUGAAAGAAUCGGCGAUUGAGAUCCCGAGCCAGAAUGCCAUUACGGCGGAUAAUGUUACGCUGGAGCUUGAUGGGGUGCUGUACACGAGGGUUUUUGAUGCUUAUAAGGCGAGUUACGGAGUGGAGGACGCGGAAUAUGCUAUUUCGCAACUCGCGCAGACGACCAUGCGAUCCGAGAUCGGCCAGCUUACUUUGGAUCAUGUUCUGAAGGAGCGUGCGAUGCUCAACACCAACAUAACACAGGCCAUCAACGAGGCUGCGCAAGCGUGGGGUGUUACCUGCCUCCGAUACGAGAUUAGGGACAUCCACGCUCCGGAUGGCGUUGUCGAGGCCAUGCACCGCCAGGUUACCGCCGAGCGGUCAAAGCGAGCGGAGAUUCUCGACUCAGAGGGUCAGCGACAGAGUGCGAUUAACAUUGCUGAAGGUCGGAAGCAGUCCGUCAUUCUGGCCUCCGAGGCCGACCGGAUCGAGCGGAUCAACCGUGCUAAUGGUGAAGCUGAUGCGAUUCGGGCAAAGGCUACGGCCACCGCGAAGGCUAUUGAGACCGUGGCUGUGGCUAUCGAGGCUGGCCAGGCGAACGCACACGGAGCUAUGAGCCUCAACAUUGCAGAGAAGUAUGUCGAGGCGUUCGGCAAGCUUGCUCACGAGGGCACGGCUGUUGUGGUUCCUGGAAAUAUGGGUGACCUUGGUGGGAUGAUUGCGAAUGCUAUGGCUGUCUAUGGCAAAGUAAGCGGUAGCCAGGCACGGGACAUUGCGGCCAAGGCUCUUGGUGUGCAAGAUUCUUCGCAGGCUGCCGAGCCCGCUACGGAGGCCAAAUCUGAGAGUGAGGCCAAAUCCGAGGUCAAGGGGGGUGUUGCUCAGGAAGUCCUUGAGGGAUUCGAGCAGACGCGUCAACACGACAACUAAGAACUUGACGUCUCGGGUGAUAUUCACCGUACAGUUUUUUCCUUUAUUCGAUCCUCCAUGAUCGUCAUCCACACGAUUCUCCAGGUGGUGACGGCACCUAUCGCGUCCCCGUCUUACGCCCAUUGGUACCCUACUCUGGCGUUUCCGAUUUCGUCGCUGUACGAUUGUACCAUUCCUAGCGUUGUUUCAUAAUCAGGUCUCAAAAGUGCAUGGGCAUUUGGUCCCGCAGUUGUGGAGGGCAGUUGCAGGCGGAGGUAGGUGUAGGUUAUUCAUUUCUGAACCGUGAAUCAUGUACAGUAGUAGCAUAGUUGGACUUAGAUAUCCAUGCAACAUUUCGCUCUCCAACAUCAUAGCCAAAUUCAG